GGACGCAUCCAAUCUACGUCACUGACAGGCGGACGGUGCCGGUGACGUCAGCAGAAGAACCCGGUGUUUUGGGAAAGUUUGAUCCAGGAUGAUGUUGGGAAUGUUGACCGUGGGCCGGAGCUGCGGGGCUGCCCGGACGGCCCUUCGGUCCUUGCAUACCGUGUAUCAGACCGCCGAACUUCCGGAAACUCACCGGAUGCUGCGGGAGACAUGCAGGGACUUUGCAGAGAAGGAACUGCAGCCCAUAGCGGCCAAACUGGACCGGGAGCACCUGUAUCCGCGGGAGCAGGUACUAAAGAUGGGCCAGAUGGGGUUAAUGGCAGUGGAAGUCCCAGAAGAGUUUGGUGGUGCUGGGCUAGAUUAUUUGGCAUAUUCUAUUGGAGUGGAGGAGAUCAGCCGUGGAUGCGCGUCCACAGGGGUCAUCAUGAGCGUUAACAACUCCCUUUAUUUAGGGCCAGUUCUGAAAUAUGGUACAGAAGAGCAGAAAAGACAUUGGAUUACUCCAUUUAGCAGCGGUGAGAAGGUUGGUUGCUUUGCCCUGAGUGAACCAGGUAACGGAAGCGAUGCAGGUGCUGCGAGCACUGUCGCCAGACUUGAGGGAGAAGAGUGGGUUCUUAAUGGCACCAAAUCCUGGAUCACAAAUGCAUGGGAUGCCUCUGCAGUCGUCGUGUUUGCGACCACAGACAAGGCCCUAAAACACAAGGGCAUCAGUGCUUUUUUGGUGGAGAUGCCAACUCCAGGUUUGUCUCUUGGGAAGAAGGAAGACAAGCUGGGUAUCAGAGCCUCCUCCACAGCAAACCUCAUAUUUGAAGACUGCAGAAUCCCACGUCACAAUCUCCUGGGACAGCCUGGAAUGGGUUUCAAAAUAGCUAUGCAAACGUUGGACUCUGGCAGGAUCGGGAUUGCAUCUCAGGCCCUCGGCAUUGCCCAGGCUGCUCUGGACUGUGCCGUGGAUUAUUCAGAAAAGCGAAUUGCAUUUGGAGCAUCUAUCAGCAAAUUGCAAGCCAUCCAGUUUAAACUGGCAGACAUGGCACUGGCUUUAGAAAGUGCUCGACUGCUCACAUGGAGAGCUGCCAUGCUGAAAGAUAACCGGAAACCCUACACUAAGGAAGCUGCAAUGGCUAAACUAGCCGCAUCGGAAGCUGCUACUCAGAUCUCUCAUCAGGCCAUUCAAGUCCUUGGAGGUAUGGGCUAUGUGACGGAGAUGCCAGCCGAACGCCAUUACAGAGAUGCGAGAAUCACGGAAAUCUAUGAAGGGACCAGCGAAAUCCAAAGGCUGGUGAUUGCAAACCAGCUGCUGAAAGAAUACCGCAGCUAGGACACUAUCCUAGAACUGGAUCAUGCCAGCCUCUCUCUUCUAUGAGGAACACCUCGUUUAUGAAUAGGAUAAUUACUUUUAAUGCACUAUUGUCUUAUUUUAAAGAAAACAACGUGCUGCUCCGUGUCAUACAAGGCAAAUCUCCAGGACUGCUGUAAUUUUUGGGGAUGAGUGAAAGUGCUGAAAUCUGAAUUAAUUUUGCUGGCUGGUGUGUGGUACUUUUAAGGGAUUAAAAUUAUCUGCGCACAGUA